CUGCAGCUGACUGACUUGCUUUGGCGGCGCAAUCAGAUUCUCACUGCGCAUCCGUCCCGGCGCUACGUCGUUCCUCAUCAUGCCCAAGGGUGUAUCGCGCGCCUCGGCGGUGCAGCACCUUGUCUCGCUCUCGCAGAUGGGUGGCAUCGGCGCCACUGCUCCUGCCGCGACACCCGGCACGGAGACACCGCGCGGCCUCUCGCACGGACUGCACUCCUCGAGCUCCGGCAGGAUUGCAGCCGCGGCACGCGCCGCUGCUGUCCGCGACAGCAGUCCGUACAAGCAGCCGUCGAACCACUGGUCGCCCCUGGGCCCCACGCAGGAUGUGAGCAGCCGCACAGCGGUGGCGCCAGCGCACGGAUCCGCGAGAGGACGCUUCGUUGAUGCAGAUGACGCUCAGGCUUCUGCCUCUGGCUCGUACUCUCCGCGCGGGCCCGCUGGGCUCGCCACGGGCGGCAGCUACGACUUCGUCCUGGCGCUCGGUCAGGACGAUGGCCUCAUGGCGUACGUCUCGACGCUCGACAUGCUCUUUGCUCCCAUCACAUGCACGACCUGCGCCACACUCCGCGGCUCCGAGGCGGGCUUCUUCGUCAAGGGCGAAGAGGAGGCGCGUGCUGCUCUCUCGGAGCUGAUCAGCAUCAAGACGCGCGACGCGCUCUGGGGCGGCCCAGCCAUGACUGACAUCUAGAUCCAGGCCCGACCCUGCCUCCCCACCACUCACUCUGCACAUGUUCCACUCUACACGCUCGACACACCUCAUCCAUCAACGCACCGUCUCGACCUAGCUACUGUCUACUGGCGUGGCUGGCGCUGGCACUUCCGCAUGCGCCCCUUUGCUGGCUGGCGCAGACAGGACGCUGAGCUGACCAGCGUAGACGGUCCUGGGCGCUGGAACAGC